AUGGAAGAGCAACUAUGCUUUACAACAGGUUCUACUUGUAGUGUCGCUUUUUUGAAUGCCGCGAAACAGACAGAUUUGAAGCAAUGUGGCACUGAAUAUAGGAAUGGAACUGUCAAGGUAGGUUCAUCGCAUUUAUUUGUCGCUCAGCGUCGUAAAGCUGUUAUCAACGUGUACAGGAUUAAUGGUGAGGGCUCUAGAGAGUCUGUAGAGCAAAGGCUGGCGCUUCCUGAGCCUGUGAGUUGUCUGGAAGUGGUUACAAACGGAGAAGGUCAAGAAUGGCCCUAUCUGCUAUUAGCGUCUACGCCAACGGGAAGGUUGUAUAUUUGGGAAGUCAAAUCUGGCCAGCUUCUGACAGUCAAGCCCCUUGCACACUACCAACCGAUUACAAAAAUUCAGUCAGUCAUGAAUGGCACAUACGUGAUAACUUCUGGGGCGGACGCUAGGUUAAUGAUAUGGCAAACUGUUGAUCUGGUCACACAACAAGACCCAAAACCGAUUUUCACGCUUCACGAUCACACUCUCGGAAUUUCAGAUUUUUGUGUCUCAAACGCCCAUGCCAAGACGCAUCUGUCCGGGAAGUUGUUCACUGUAUCCCAUGAUAUGACACUGCGAUGCUACGAUUUGAAUCUACACGUCUGGGCAGAGCCUCGGCUUCUUGCCACAUUUACCUUCCCAAGUGCUCUGGAAUGUGUGGCUCUUGAUCCUGCAGACAGGGCAUGCUAUGUGGGAGGAAGUCAGGGCGUUUAUCAAGUCAAUUUUUACUAUGCCUUGGGAUCUUCGCAAAUGCUCAAUCUACUAAGCCCAGAAGGUAACCGAAUUAUGUCCUGCGUCGAAUCGCAACCUCUCCAAAACUUGAGGGAGCUACAUACGAUGGGGCAAAUUGCUUGCCCAAAGAUAAGCAGUGUCAAUAGUACCAAACUGGCCUGCUCAAUGGACGGUAGUCUCUUGGUGAUUGGAGCUAAGAGUGGUAAAUGCACUAUAGUAGAUGUUUUUUCCAAGCAGCCAGUUAGAGAAUUGCAAUCAAUAGUGAGCAACGAAUCCAGUGGAGAAGUAACCAGCUUGAUACUAGAUUGUAUUGACCAGGAUUCUUCUGAAAGUCUUUUGACUAAAACUAACUCACAAUCGGAGUCCAAGUUCCCGAAUUUCCAAAAGAAUAUAUUCGCCCGGGAGGGACUGCACGAUGUUUAUUGUCAAAUUCCCGCUGAGAGAGAACCUGCAGUCGCACCUGUGGAUGAUUUCGAAUCCUACCUGGACCAAGUAGCUUCCGAAGAAAACGUGUUUAUGCAGCUCGGAAGCGUAGUCUCGACAGUGAAGAUCGUGGACCAAGUAGAAUCGGAGCCUGCGGCCAACACAGAAGCUUCCCCCUCAACAAACGACAAGAACACGGAGGUGAAAGAAUUAAGGCAAAAUGUAACUGAACUAACUCACGCUUACAAAGAUCUACGAGAGAUGUACGAUAAACUUUUGAAGGAGCACGAAAUGUCAAUGUCUCGUCAUUAA